CGGUGUCCGUUGCGGUUCCGGAGACCGAGGCGGGGCCCGAAACCGUUCCCGAUGCGGUGCCGGAGGCCGUUCCCGAUGCAGUGCCCGAGACCGCUUCGCCCUGGGGGACUCCGACGGUGACCAUGAGGACGUGGUGGUCAUCCGCUCCGCCCUGGGGGACUCCGGCGGUGACCAAGAGGACGUGGUGGUCAUCCGCUCCGCCCUGGGGGACUUCGGCCGCGACCACGUGGAGGUGGUGGCCUUCCGCUCCGCCCUGGGGGGUCUUCUGCUUUGACCACAUGGGUGUGAUGGCCCUCUGUUCCACCCGGGUGGGCAUCACCUAAUGUCCUCCAUUUACCAAUGUUUUUGUUUUCAUUUGUUUUUUGUUUUUUCUAUUUUCCUCCGUUGGACCUGGCCCUCCGUCCCUCCCCUCUUUCCUUCCGCCGGUCCACCACCCUCCUGGACUCCUUGUUUUGUGUUACACCUUCCUGUCUCUGCCUUUCCAUCACGUCUGGUUGUUCCGUCUCUUUUCUUCCAUUUUACCUGGUUGUCCUGUCUUUGUCUCUCCUUUUCACCUGGUUGUUUGUCUCUGUUUUCUGACCCUCCGUCCCUCCCCCUAGUCCGCCUCCGCUUCACCUCCCUCCUACCUCUUUUUCGGUUGGGUUUUCCGGGGUUUCAGGUGGAGCAUCUGGUAGCUGCUCCGUAGGGGAGGGGGUAAUGUCACGCUAUCAGUCUCUGUUUCCUGGGUGUCCCCUAGUGAGCGCACUUCUCCUUAGGCACUUCACCAUAGGCACUUUUAUUCCGCUUGUCUGGUCAUGUCGUCACAGUAAUUGCACUCCAAUUAAAUCGCACAGGUGUUGACUAUCCUUAGUCAUUAGUCUCCCUAUAUAGAGCUGUCUUUCUCUGUCGUCUUUAUGGAGUCCUUACCCUAUGUGUGAAUUGUGCUUGUCUUGUGAGUCUUCUCGUUACCUUCUUGUUCAUCCGCAUUCUUAUCCGUUUCAUCCGGUUCCCUUUUUGUUUGGUUUGUCUCUCUAGACAGUUUUAUUUUGUAUUUAUCCUGUUUGUGCAAUAAACCUCACCUGCAAUUGGAUCCUACCUUCUCCUUGUGUUUUUCCCAUAACCCAACCGUCACAAAAGGAACAGGCUGGAGCAUAACUGACAGGCAGUAAUUUUCUCCUGCUAGUGUGUCCAUUUUGUGCCACCAAUACAUUUCAUGCAGGCGUGGCAUUGUCCUUACAUUCCCAUGAUGGCCCUCAUGUGCAAUGCAGACCAAUGACUCACGCAGUUCCCCAGGUACCACCAAUCGAGACCCUCUAAACACAAAAUCAGCUUGCACACUGAACUUAUGUCUGAGCUUGUAGUACAGGCAAAGAACAGGAUCCAAAGCUGAAGAAGAUGGAGACCAUCCACUCGCAAUUUGUGUGCGCAGUGCAGAGCAUUCAGAAAAGUAAGCAAAGGCAGCAGCAAGCUCAUCCUGGGAUAUGGCAGUCAGACCAGAGGACAGGAAAGCUACAAACUCAGGCUCUGUAUCCAACUCAGCAUCCGAAGUUAGAGGUAUGGGCAAGCGGGACAGACAAUAAGCAGUGUGCUUUUCAGAUCCAGCAUGGUACUCAACAGUAUAGUUGAUACAAAGCAACCGAGCAACGCCCUGUGCUAUGUGCAUACCAGCUCUGUUAGUCCAUUUUGUGGUCAGCAGCGUCAUAAAGGCUUUAUUGUUAGUCCACAGAGUAAAUCUGCGGCCCCACAAGAAUGUCCUCCACCUUUCCACUGCCCAAAUGCAUGCCAGAGCCUCCUUUGAACAGUGGAAUAUUUCUGUUCAGCUAAGGUGAGUGUUCUGGAUGCGAAAGCGACAGUAUGUUCUUGACUAUCAGUGCAUAUUUCUGUGAAGAUAGCACCUAGUCUGUAAGCAGACGGGUCAGUAAAAAUGACCACUGGCAGACUGGGUCAAAUAGUGCAAGAGCAGGACUGUGUACCAGUAGCUUUGUUUUAUCAGCUAAGCUUUGUUGAGCUUCAUCAGACCAGAGAAAUCCAUUCUCAUCACUCAGGCAUGCACACAGAGGCAUCACUAUGGUAGCGCAAUUGGGAAUAAAUUUGUUGUACCAUGAGAGGAGGCCCAGCAGAACCCACAACUGAACAGCAUACGAUGGUGCAGCUGCAUCGAUUGCCAAGAGAUGUUCCUGAUCCAGCUAAAUACCCUGUGAUGUCACCAUGUGUCCUAAAAACUUCAAUCUCUGCUUUCUGACUUGACAUUUAGACUCAUUCAGCACCAACCCAGUGUAGUGUAUCAGACCCAAACCAGACAAAUUAAAGACUCUAUCAGGAGCAAGGUUGAAAUAUAAAGAGCCAAAUUUCACACUAAAUCUCAAGACAACAGAAUGUUGUAAAUCACGCACCUGAUGGAAUUUACUGCUGAUUAGAGAACCGGCUUUACUUAUGAGAUGCAAAUUAAUCAACUGUGAUAUAUAUCGUGCACCCCUAUGAAAAAUAUAAAGACAGGUUUGCAACCUUAACAUUAGAAAAUACAACACAGCAUGACAUGCAUACAAAAUACUGAAGUGCUUAAGUUUGGUUAAAACAUUUGUAGAUAUCUAUUGCAUGACAGCAUUACAAACAUGGCCUUAUAUAGUGGAAUUCUCAUGUUUGUGGGCUUUAUGUAAAACAAAAACCUUGCUUUAAACAUUUUCGCUAGGUAACUGAGUAAAUAAAAACACAAUACUAACAUUUCAAUGGGAAUUCCACCACAUAACUCUCACCAGGGGCCUAUACCAUGAAGCUAGAUUAGCUGGCUAGCCAGGUAAAUUUCAGGUUAGUUUGCACCAAUCCUGGAUUUUAGGUACCACGUAAGUGGCUUGGCUUUUAGUGGCAUUCAUUGCCAUAGUAAUUUACACUCCACGGCUAACCUGCUCCAUGGCAGGUUAUGUUCUGGGUUAGAGAUCUCAAACUGAAGUUGGACCAAUCAGAUGUGAGAAAAGUGACACAUGUCUGGCACAAAGUCCCUCCCCCAGGUUAUUUUGCUGCAUAUUAAAGGUCACAAAAAAAAGUCUGACUUUAAAAUUACUGAGUCACUAUAUGAUUUAUAUAAUUAUUAAGAUGAUGAUUAUUAUUAUUUAUCUAUUACACACAAGCAAUUUUAGUUUAACAGUUAUUAUAAAUAAUUUAUUUUAAAUAAAUAUGAAUGUAUACAGAUCAUGUAAUAUAAAUAAGCUGUAGUAUCAAUAGAGAUUGAGAAGUAAAUCAAACUUUCUUUGUGUUGCAAGGCUCGUGAUUGGCUGUUCCAGUGUUGUCACACAUGAAUCACUGGCGAACAACCCUGUAACUCUAAAUUGGCUACCAUCAUGAUACAGGCCCCUGUUUGCCAGUGUUUGACCUAUGCCUGUUAUGACCAUGUCUCUGUCUAAAAAAAAGCUUGCACGUGAAUUAACUAAUUAAUACACAGAAUUGUGCCAUUAAAUUAUUACAUUUCUCCUACACACAUCAUACCAAAUAGAAUCAUUGUUCAUGCAGUUGAAUAUACUUAAAAAUUUAAAUGGCUGUGUGAUUUCUCUGUACUCAGAAACCUGCAGAAUUUGAUGCGUUUGUAGACAAAAUUUGCACAUCUCCUCCCACUUCCUCCCUGUCUUCCCUUGUUGCCGAAGAUUACACUUUAGAAUGACUGGACAAAAAAUGCAGUGAGAAUAACCUGUUUAUCAUGAAAUGCAAUUACAAGUGAUGUUAAUGAAGUCACUUGUAUAUUAAUUUGUGCACUAAUGAUACAGUCACUAUUUGACAUUCAAACAUAGCUGAACAUAUUGACAAAGAAUCUUGUAAUGCUGUUUAUUCUGAGAUUGAGAGUUUUGGCUGAUUAUUGCAAAAAACGCUUUCUGACACUGUGUCCAGGUAAGAACUUAACAAUUCAUCACCAGAUUUAGUUCACCAUUUUAAAAUACAUUUUACAAGAUGAGGAUUAAAUCUGAUUUGUUGCAUGGAUUAAUGUAUUAAAGAAACAUAAAUAAAAUACUACUGUUUAAAUUAAAUAAUUAUUAAAUAUUUGAUUUUAAAUUUUAAUUCUGAAUAAAAUACAUUGAUUAAAGUGUGAAUGAAAUGUGAAUGAAAUCCUAAAUGUUAUGAGAGCAGAACGUUUUAAAAAGGUUUUACUGGUUACUCAUGAUUUAGCAGAAAAAAAUUUCCAAAUCUAUGUCUGAAAUCUGUGUUCCUUUUAUGACUACGUAAACCUUAUCAGUUUAAUGUACCCUCUUGGUUGCCAGACAACACUCAUCAUGUUUAUCUAACUGUGAUGUGAAGCUUGUGAGACUUGCAUGGUAACCACACGCUUAUGGUGUGAUUGUGUACAGAUCAAAGUUGAGUGCAUAAGCAUAAUCAUAUGAAAGCUGCUGUAGACCUACAGAAGAAACACUGAAAAAGCACCUUUAAAGGAUUUAUCUGUUUUGCUUGUAGAAUGAUCUCCAAUCCAACUCUUUCCCCUCAAUCCAACUCCAAUACCUCAAUGUCCUAUGAAAAAACAACAAUAGACAUUGUCUUCUACUCAAUCGUAGUUCUCCUUGGCACCACUGGGAACUCUUUGGUCAUCUGGGUAGCUGGAUUCUGCAUGAAACCCACAGUCACAAAUGUUUGGCUGGUCAAUCUCGCUGUAGCAGACCUGAUUUUCUCCCUAACACGAGUCACUUCUCUCAUCAAAAGCAUCUUCUUCGACCACUGGCCUUUUGGAGUUUUUCUCUGCAAGUUUAACGGUUUCUUCAAGUAUGCCAACAUGUUCUGCAGUGUUUUUCAUCUGGCUGUCAUCAGUGUGGAUCGAGCUCUCUGUAUCUGGCGUCCAGUGUUCACCAGAAAACGCCGGACGUUAUGUGCUGCUCGUGUGGUCAGUGUGGGAGUUUGGAUUGUGGCAGUGAUGUUAAGCUCACCGUACUUUUUGUACCGACAGGUCUUCCUUGAAAAGAACAACUUGAGCCACUGCUCAUUCAAGGAGAAAGGAGAAGAAGAAGGAGAUGGCAGUUCAGCAAAGUAUGUCUACUAUUUCACUCGUUUCAUCUGUGGAUUCUUGUUGCCCUUCCUGGUCAUCCUAAUCUGUUAUAUACUAGCUGCUGUUGGGAUACGCAGAACACGGCUCUCUGGAAAAUCAAGGCCUCUUCGGAUUCUUGUCGUUUUGGUCUGUGCCUUUUUCUUAUGCUGGGCUCCCUAUCACGUUCUAGGACUGGUCAAGUUGGUGAAUAGAAACAACAAGGCAGUAAAAGAAGGAUGGGCUAUGGUUUCAAACUUAGCUUAUUUCAACAGCUGCAUUAACCCGGUUCUGUAUUUCUGCAUGGGAUUGGAUUUUAGUCGAUGCUGCAACCAAAGUUUGUCUGGGAUUUUUCGCAGAGCACUUGUGGAGGAAGGCCAAAGUCUCUCACAGCAAGUCACUAGAGAAGAAAACUGUAAUUCUAUUUCAAAGACUUCAGAUACUGAGGGUGAAACUAAAGUUUAAGAGAUGAAUAUCUAACAUCUAGAUUAAUAGCUAACAAAAAGGUUAACACACCUCAGUGUCUUCUAGCUAGCUUGAAUCAGUAGAUGGAGCCUUUAUAUGGCAAAAUGCUCAAAUUAAGGUAAUUUAUAUGUAAUUUUUUCAGACAAAUGUUUAUGUGACAAUUGUAAACUUUCAUGGUUAUGUUUGCCUACAUGUUUGUUUGUUUGUUAAUUAACAGUCAGGAAGAGAAAGAGGAAAUUAUGUGGGAAAGGGCAAACGUUUUAGACCAGGAUUGCAUUAUGACUGGGGUUAAUCUGAGUUCAUUUUUAUUAUUAUUCAUUUUAUUCCUGUA